AUGAACGCUGUUCUCUUACAAUCACCACUCUCACCCUUCCAACGCGCAGCCACCAACACCAACGCCGAACCGCGCGACCAGAAGCUUCUCUCCCUCUUGCGCGACCGAAAAACCGAAGAAGCCUGGCACGCCUACACCCACUCCACUCAACUCCCCAACCCCACCUGUCUCAGUCGCUUGAUCUCUCAGCUCUCUUACCAGAACACUCCCUCCUCACUCACGCGCGCCCAGUCCAUCGUCACGCGCCUCCGCCGUGAACGCCAGCUCCAUCGCCUCGAUGCUAAUUGCCUCGGCCUCCUCGCCGUCGCCGCCACAAAGGCCGGCCACACACUUUACGCGGCCUCCGUCCUCCGCUCCAUGCUCCGCUCCGGCUAUCUCCCCCACGUCAAGGCCUGGACUGCAGUCGUCGCCCGCCUCGCCUCCGCCCCCGAUGACGGCCCCGCCGAGGCCGUCAAACUCUUCCGCUCCGUCACGCGACGCCUCAAGAAGCUCCCCGACAAAGACAUGGCCGCCUCGUCGCGCCCCGACACGACGGCGAUCAAUGCCGUGCUCAACGCGUGCGCGAACCUCGGCGAUGCAAAGGCGUUCUUGCAGGUGUUUGAUGAAAUGCCGCAGUUCGAUGUUGUGCCUGAUGCGCUGAGUUAUAAUACUAUGAUGAAGCUGUGUUGUAAGAUUGGUAGAAAGGACUUGCUUUUGUUUGUUUUGGAGAGGGUUCUUCAGUUGGGGAUUCCUUUUUGUGUGACCACUUUGCAGUCCCUUGUUUCUGCUUAUGUUGAGUUUGGUGAUUUGGAUACUGCUGAGAAGUUGGUUCAGGCAAUGAGGGAACAAAGGAGGGAUAUUUGUAGGGUGCUUAGGGAGUGUAGUAAUUUAGAGGAUUUGAGUGGAAAUGAAAGUGAUUGUGAUAGUAACAAUGAUAAUGACGAGGACUGUGUUUUUGAGAAAUUGCUUCCUAAUCUGGUGGAUCAGAGUGGCAAUGAGGCUGAGCUACCCUUGUUGCCUAAAGGGUAUGCUCCAAACACUAGGACUUACACCACUCUGAUGAAGGGUUAUAUGAAUGCAGGGCGUGUGAGUGACACGGUUAGGAUGCUUGAGGCUAUGCGGCGUCAGGAUGAUAAGGGUAGCCACCCUGACCAUGUUUCAUACACCACUGUGGUUUCAGCUCUUGUGAAGGUGGGUUCCAUGGACCGUGCUCGUCAGGUUCUUGCUGAGAUGACAAGGAUAGGUGUGCCGGCGAACUUGAUAACUUACAAUAUUCUCCUCAAGGGUUAUUGCAAACAGCUGCAGAUACAUGAGGCAAAGGAAUUGCUUAAGGAGAUGGUUGAUGAUGCAGGGAUUCAGCCUGAUGUGGUGUCGUAUAAUAUACUCAUCGAUGGGUGUAUAUUGGUAGAUGACAGUGCUGGGGCUCUUUCCUUCUUUAACGAGAUGAGGGAAAGAGGAAUAGCUCCCACCAAGAUUAGUUACACUACUUUGAUGAAGGCUUUUGCAUACUCGGGUCAGCCCAAGCUUGCUCACAAGGUUUUUAAUGAGAUGGACAAUGACCCUCGGGUGAAGGUGGAUUUUAUCGCAUGGAACAUGUUGGUGGAAGGGUAUUGCAGGAUGGGGUUGGUGGAAGAGGCAAAGAAAGUGGUUCAGAGGAUGAAGGAGAGUGGACUUCACCCUGAUGCGGCCACUUAUGGAAGUUUAGCCAAUGGAAUUGCGUUGGCAAGGAAACCCGGAGAGGCCCUUCUGCUUUGGAAUGAAGUGAAGGAGAGGUGUGACAUGAGAAAGGAAGGGGGUAAAUCUGAUUCUUCUGUUCCUCCAUUGAAGCCAGAAGGAGGGCUUUUGGAUACUCUGGCUGAUAUUUGUGUGAGGGCUGCUUUCUUUAGGAAGGCCUUGGAAAUCGUGGCUUGCAUGGAGGAGAAUGGGAUAGCUCCCAACAAGACCAAGUUUACUAGAAUCUAUGUGGAAAUGCAUUCAAGAAUGUUUACUAGUAAGCAUGCUUCAAGGGCUAGACAAGACCGAAGAAGCGAGAGGAAAAGGGCUGCUGAGGCGUUUAAGUUUUGGCUGGGUUUGCCUAAUUCCUAUUAUGAUGGAAGUGAGUGGCGAUUAGAACCUAUGGAGGGGUAUGGCACUACGGCUGACUCUGCUUAG